CUGCAUUCUGCAUGUAUACGUAUAUAUGCCUUGAUGGCAGGUUUCCUUCACGUAUGUUAUUUUCGUAAUGCAACAGAUGUUAUUUAGGUUCAUGUCUUAGAUGCAUGCUUAGGGGUGUUUGACAGUUAGUACUCAGGCACCCGUCACGGCCCAUCUGUUUGGGUCGUGACAUUUAUUUAUUCCACACCCACCAAUAAUUGCACCAACUCUAACUAUAGAUCUAGAUCUAGAGUUUCCUUCUUCUAUAAAUACUUCUAAAAGGGCUGGAAAAAAUAUGAGAGAGGAAGUAUAUGUUUCCAAUGGUGAUGUCCAAAGAGAAGGUUCUGCUAGUGGAGAUCUAAACAAUUCCAUUACACCCUCUGAAGAAGAUGCAGGCACUAAGGAAGAAUUUGAACUUUCUGAUGAUUAUGGAAGAUGUUCAUGAAGAACUUAAGAAAGUAAAAAAGGAAAGAAAAAAAUAGGAAAGAAAGACCUGAUGGGUUUCUAAGUGAGGCUGGACUGGAUGAAGGUUAUGAUGAUAUUGAUAAAGAAAUAAAAAAUCUAAAGGAUAAAUUGGGAGGUGAUGAUGAUGAGCCAUAUUAUGACUCAUCAGAGGCUGACAACUUUGCUAGUGAAUCUGAAGGUGAAACUGUUAGUGAUGAUGAAGUAGUAGAAGAACACUUGAGGCUAAGGAGAAAGAGUAACAUGGUAGUAUAUGAUCCUUCUUGUGAAAAAGUUAUUUGGGAGAUUGGUCAAGUAUUUGAAAAUGUGAAAGAGUUCUGAGAGGCUUUGACCAAGUAUGUUGUAAAGAAAGGGGUUCAACCAAGUAUGCUAUAAAGAAAGGGGUUCAACUAGAUAAAUAUAAGAACGAACCAAGUAGUGUUAGGGUGAAGUGCAAAGAUGGUUGUCCUUGGAUGAUAUAUGCUAGCAAGGAAGGUAGGAGUUCAAAUUUCACAAUCAAGACAUAUAAUCCUAGACAUAAAUGCCAUAAGACCAACAUCAACUUUCUUUGCGAUUCAAAAUAUCUAGCUAAUCAUUAUAAGGAGAGGAUUAUUUCACAACCUACCAUUAAAGGGUGGGGAAUACAAGAUCUUGUCAGGGAAGACUUUGGUGUGUAUGUGGGUAAGGCUAUUUGUUUAAAGACAAGAAAAAUUAUUUUGAAAGAAUUCAUGAGAGAUCAUAUUGUUGAGUUUGGUAGAUUUUUUGACUAUUGAGAUGUGCUUCUACAAACAAAUUCUAGUAGCACAUGUAUAGUUAAGGUAUCUAAUUUAGAAGAUGGUAAGAAAGAGUUUAUAAGCUUCUAUAUAUGCUUUACUGCUAUGAAGAGGGGAUUCAUGGAGGGAUGCAGAAAAUGUAUAGGACUGGAUGGUUGUUUUUUGAAGGGGAUAUGCAAAGGACAAUUAUUAGUUGCGGUUACUAAAGAUGGAAACAACCAAAUGUUUUCCAUAGCAUGGGCCGUUAUUGGGACUGGAAAAAAAAGGAAACAUGGACAUGGUUUAUGAGGAUAUUGCAAGAGGACUUACAGCUUAGAGAUGGAAAUGAGAUCACUAUAAUCAGUGACAUGCAAAAGGUUUGGUUAGUGCUGCUGAAGAAGUAUUUCCAGCUUGUGAGCACAAAAUGUGUAUAUUCUGUCAAACUUGUCAAAAAAUGGAGGGGAAUUGAGAGAAGGAAGAAGUUUUGGAGUUGUGCUAGAGCAACAUAUGAGGCCGAAAUGAAAAAGAGGCUAGAUGAAUUAAAUACAUUGGGUUACAAUAUUGUUGAAGAUCUUAUUUCAUACAACAAAGAAAGAUGGUGCAAAGUCUACUUCAAAAAAUUCUCCAAAUGUGACAGUGUGGACAAUAAUAUGUCGGAAAGCUUUAAUGCCUAAAUAUUGGGAGCUAGACACAAGACAAUUGUGUCAAUGCCAGAAGAAAUUAGAGUCAAGGUCAUGAUAAGGAUAGCUAAGAUAAGGGCCUUUGUUGAAACUUGGGUAGAUGAGAUAUCUCCAAUGGUACUGAAGAACUUCAACACUAAUAUGGAGAAGUCAAUGAAAUGUAAGAUUCAUUAGAAUAGAGAGCACGACUUUGAAAUUAUGGAAGGUAGAAUUAAGUUUAUCGUUCACCUAGAAAGAGGAUAUUGUAGUUGCAGGUCAUGGCAAUUGAAAGGUAUUCCUUGUGCACAUGUCAUAACAGCAAUGCAGUUUAGGAUGAUUGAUGCAUCUGAGUCAAUUGCAUUAUGGUACAGAAAGGAGACAUAUUUGCAAGCUUAUUCCAAUUUCAUACAACCUGUUCCUAAUAUAAUAAUGUGGCCAGCUACAUCAAAUCCAAAGAUUGAUCCACUUACAGUUAGAAAAAUGCAUGGCAGGCCAAAGAAGAAUAGAAGAAAAGAGGAAGGAAAAAUUAAAAGAGUUGAAAAGUUAUCAAAAAGAGGAAUAGCUAUGACAUGCUCGAUUUGCAAGUCCAUUAAAAACAAUAAAAGAAGUUGUCCUUCAAGGCCUGAAGCAACAUCAGCCACAAGAACAACAGCAUCCACAGGAAACACAGGUGUUACAACAGAGUAUAAUGCUACCCAGCAGUCAUCUACUGGAAGUACAAGAAAGAGAAGUGUUGACAAUCAACAAGAAUCUACAAGCAAGGGAGGUGAAUCUAGAGCGAGCAGAAGUAAGUAUAAGAGUCCAAGAGUUGUGUGGGGCAUGGUGUAUUUGUAUCUAAGACUGGUUAUAGUUGUGUUAAUCAAGGUUUGCAAUGCAGCAAAUUAGUUACCACACCUACAAUGAUAAAUUCCGCAGAAGUUACAGGUGAUACUGGGUAUAAGCCUAACAAGUCUUUGAAGUGGAAAGGAAAGCCAGCUAUUAGCCAAAGACAACUCCAAAUAAAAAGUACUAUGCAUAGAUUUCAAAAAAAAAAAAGCAAAAGCUAUUAAGAUUCAAACAACAUCUCAAACUGGAAAAUCUCCAUCCAAAGAACCAACAUAGAUUUGUUCUAUGAUUAAGUUAGUUUUUUUGGUGUAUGUUUGGUAUGUAAUCAGAUAAUUACAACUUUCUUUAUGGUAGUAUUUUGUGUAGUUGUCCGAUUUUUUUGGUAAACAGCUCUUUUGUGAUACUGGUAGUAUUUUGUGUAGCUGUUCGAUAUCGGUAGUAUUUUGUGCAACUGUCCGAAUUUUUUGGUAAACAGCUCUUUGUGAUAUUGUCCAGAUUUUUGUUGCUA